AUGCGUGCGGUGACUGUUGGUAUUCUCUCCAUCGGAGACAUGGGUCUCGGAAUGGCGAGGUUGCUCAAGGCCCAUGGAUAUCGUGUGAACACGGUCGGAGAGGGGAGAAGUGAACACACUUUAGCACGAAUUACCGCCGCCGAAAUCGAGGUUUUACCAUCCGACCAGGAACUAGUGGUAGAGGCAGACUACAUUUUAUCGAUUGUGCCUCCUCGCGAUGCCCUAGCCAUAGCCGAACGUAUUUCGCAUUCAUGCAAACAAAUGGAUACCGCGACAAGACGUGAGGCACUAGAAGACGUGAACGGUCGGCCGAGUCGCAGCCCAUUGUACUUUCUCGAGCUGAAUGCAACCCCCGGCCGACUAGCAGAGGAAAUGGCCGAACUAUUUGUAAUGGAUAUAACAAAUGCGACCACGUCAACCGAGGCCUCGACUCAUUGCCACUUUCUAGAUGGUGGAAUCAUUGGAGGCCCGCCGUCCCGAAACACGGAGGACGGUAAGUGGAAGAAACCUAGCAUAGUACUCUCGGGAUCAGUGGACCUACCCUCCACUUGGGCACCGCUGGCGGAGGUCCUAAAUCUAAAGCUAGUGUCGGAGCGGAUUGGAGCAGCUUCCACCUUGAAGUUAUCCUUUGCGGCGCUCACCAAAGGUCUGACGGCAUUAUCGAUCAUGUCGUUCUCCACUGCCCAGCGGGAAUCACUUUUGCCGGAGUUGCUGGAACAUCUACAGCAGUACUCACCUCAUACGGCGGCGUUAGCUCAGUCUGGUAUCAUUGGGAUGAGUCCUAAGGCGUAUCGGUGGGUUGAUGAGAUGCGCGGAAUUGGUGAAGCGUUUGAUCGUGAAGGUGGAUGGGAUGGAGUUGGAAGUAGUGUAUAUGGCGGGUUUGCAGAGAUAUACCGAAGCGUGGCCGAAGAUACCAUUCUGGGACAAGAACGAGUCGAGGCAAGACAGCGUGGGACUAGCGUGGAGGAUGCAGCCACGAUCAUAGCUCAACGUCAGGAUCGGUCCAGGGUCGGGGAUACAUAG